CCCUUGAAAAAUCAUCUCACAAUGUGCAGUGUGAUGGUGAAAGGCCAUGCUCGCGAUGCGGGACUCGGGACCUGGAAUGCCGAUAUCAAACUCAAUUCCACCAGACAAGGCACAGCCUGGAAGAGGAAGUGGAAGAAAUGAAGAACGCCCAGCGUCAACGUGACGCCGUACUCAAAGCUUUUACAGCACCGGGACAGGCCCACCAUGUUCUUCGCCGAUUACAGAACGGUGAAACGCUUGACAGGAUAUACGAGCAUCUCGAAAUGCAUGGCCCGGUAUCUCCGACUACCAGCCAAUCGUUGGACCCUUUGAACCAGUUUGAAAACGUCAGCGAAGAAGCAUCUUCAACUCCUACCGAGAUGCCUAUCUGUUCUCCGCAGACUUUGAGCCACACGAACUCGGCAGUUUCUGAGGGUCCAGAAACCAGUCGCAUCAAUAUGGCUAUAAAAAACCAGGACUCGGCAUCGAACUGUGCAGAAGAUGAGCCAGAUAGGUUGAUACCAUAUCUGCAAACGCCUACCUUCAGUAACACCACACUCACAAACGGCAUCUAUGGGCAUCCUGCCACGAAUCGCAUGCCGGAGGUGCCAUUCGGGAUGUUUAUGGAACGGAACACUCCGCUGAUCUUUCCUAACGCUUAUUGCCCUAAUCAAACCUAUCCCACAGACAAUAUCGGCAACAUAAGCUGGUGGCAUUCGGGCAUUUCUGGCCCUAUGCAACCAAACUAUGUAGCGCCUCCUUCCACGAAUCCUGAUGUAUGGCCGUACCAUCAGUUCACAGGACCUUAUGUCCUAAGUCAAGAGCAAGACAGUCAAUCACAGCCGAUUUCAACACCCCGACCCGUUCCUGGAAAUUCGCCUCUAACAUCCCAUUCCUUGUCUCAAGAGAAGCCGCGCUAUAGCGUAGCUUCAAGCACCUCCACGAUAGGCGAAAGCCAAUACCCGACCCUACCACCCCCGAAGAAACGAAAACUCCCGACCAAAGACCACGAUUCCAUAAUCACCUCUCGCAUCGGAAACCGUAGUGAAAGCAACAAUUUUGUCCUAGAAGAGAAAAUAGCCAAAAACAAGCCCUCGGACCAAGAACACUCAUCCCGCGAGCGUGAGCGUCACAGGCGGGCCUCGGCCCGCAACUGGCAGAAACAGAAGCAACAGCUGGCAGAACUCGAGGCAGUGAUGGAAUUCGCCGAAUCUCGUAACCGCGAGCUCCACCGCGAAUACGCCGAAGUGUUGAGACAGGUCAUGGAUGUUAAGAACGCCCUCAUGGACCACGCGAAGUGCAACCAUCCGGAGAUAAACAGCUGGCUGCAUAGCCAGGCAACCAAGUAUGUAUUGAGGAAUGGUUCAACCAUCGUACACGGUGAUGCACAGUCAUGUUUUUACUCAAUUUACAGGGAGACCUGUUGAGAAACCGGACACACGAUCUUAGCGGAAAACACAUUCUCAAUAG